GUGAAUGAGGGUCUUCUCCAAGGACUCCUUUCUUGCGCAUCUUGCUUGUUGUGCUGCUCUGGCGCGACGUGGUUGACAAAUUUUCAGUUCCGUCUCUACGGACGCUCAUCUUCAGGAGACAGUUUCAGCCCCGGACGUUGUCAGGGCGCUCACUCUGGAGAAAGUGUUGACCUCCGAGGUGGUGCACACCAGUUGUUGUUGUUGAGCAGCGAAAGCAUCGUCGGUCGGAAAGAGCAGCAAUACCCACGAUAACAGCUGUAGGAGCAGGCAGAUCGACGGCUAAAGGAGAAGAGCGUUUAUUCCCCUCCCCCGGUUCUAUCCGAACAGCCUGCUAAUCACAGCGGUUCUUGUAUUCAUCGACAUUUUCUCGUCGUUUCCGUGAUGCGGAUACACCGUCCAGGAGCUGAUUCCGCUUUUGUGUCCGUGCGGAUCCGGGUCUCUAUUUCGACUCGUUCGAGGGAUUUAUUUUCCAUUAGCUGAACAGGAAGGUACGAGAAGGAAUGCAGAAGUCGAAUACAUGUAAAAAAGAAGCAAUCGUUUAAGAGUUCACCUUAACUUCGCGCUACGUGUCUACCAAAGAAAGCUCGUCUUGUGAUCGUGAGAGUGUUUACUCAGCUGUAUGAGAGACUACAUUGGAAUAAAAGAAGACUUCUCGAACACAUGUGACGAUGAAUCGUCUAAAAGCCUCGCAGUACCUCCCGGACGAGUCUAUAGAGCGUUACAGUCGUCAGAUUCUCCUGCCUGAGAUCGGUGUCAACGGAAUGCACAAGUUGUCAGCUGCCAGCGUAUUGAUCGUCGGAGCAGGGGGUCUGGGAUGCCCCGUGGCCAUGUAUUUAGCAACUUCUGGUGUCGGAACAAUCGGUAUUGUUGAAUAUGACGUCGUGGAAUUGUCGAACCUCCACCGGCAGAUCGGACAUCGCGAGGCGUCGGUCGGCUUCAGCAAAGCCAAGAGCCUAGUGAGCACUUUGAAAACGCUCAACUCAUCGAUCAACUACAUGUCCUUCGAAACAGCACUGAGCGACAGCAAUGCCAAAGGAAUCGUCAAAGAUUUCGACGUGGUCGUGGACGCUACCGACAACGUAUCCAGCCGAUAUCUACUAAACGAUGUUUGUGUGCUCCUCCGCAAACCCCUUGUGUCAGGGUCGGCGCUCCGUUGGGAGGGACAGCUCACGGUUUACAACCACAAGACGGGUCCUUGUUAUAGAUGUGUAUUCCCGAAACCACCUCCACCCGAGACGGUGACCAACUGCUCGGAUGGAGGAGUCUUGGGACCGGUCACCGGUGUUAUCGGCUCGAUGCAAGCACUGGAGGUUAUCAAGAUUCUGCUGGACGAAGACGGUGUCCUCUACGGCCGCUUAGUGAUGUUCGACGGGCUGUCCGGAAGUCACCGGACGUUCCGUCUCCGUGAUCGAGACCCGCAGUGUGCAGUUUGCGGCGACGAGCCGACAGUCAGCGAGCUUAUCGACUACGAUGCUUUUUGCGGUUCAUCUGCGUGCGAUAAAAUCCCCUCGUUGAAAAUCCUUGCCCCUCAAGACCGCUAUUCACCAGAGGAGUUCAAGGAGCGAUUGCUCAACGAUCCCUACGUACACAUAAUCGACGUACGACCGUCGGAAGAGUUCGCGGUUUGUCACAUACCCGAUUCUCUGAAUCUGCCAUUCGAAGAACUGAAAGCGAGCCCUAGCUCACUCUACGAAGGCCUGCAGGAUGUUAUUGUUGUGUGCCGUAGGGGCAACGAGUCCCAACUCGCUGUGAAGAUGCUCAAAGAUUUGGGAGUUACCGCAAAAGAUGUCGUGGGUGGUCUUCAAGCGUGGAGCCGAUUACCCGGUGUCUCCUUCCCGUCCUAUUGAAAAACGAAAUGUGUAGAAUACCUGGCUUUGGAUUGAGUGUGAUUCGUGUUUCGAGUUGCUUUGUGCAAAUGGGGAAGAUCGCUCCUUAGGAGCGAAGGAGCCAGUGUGUAUCUAAGCACUAGAAUAAACUUGAUCGAGUG